AUGGGAAAAACGCAAAUAUGGGAAAAACGCAAAUAUGGGAAAAACGCAAAUAUAGGAAAAACGCAAAUAUGGGAAAAACGCAAGUGUGGCAAAGACGGAAAUUUGGCAAAGACGCAAAUGAGACGCAAAUAUGGGAAAGACGCAAAUAUGGGAAAGACGCAAAUAUGGGAAAAGAGCAAAUAUGGGAAAAACGGAAAUAUGGGAAAAACGCAAAUAUGGGGAAAAUGCAAAUAUGGGGAAAACGCAAAUAUGGGGAAAACGCAAAUAUGGGGAAAACGCAAAUAUGGGGAAAACGCAAAUAUGGGGAAAACGCAAAUAUGGGGAAAACGCAAAAAUGGGGAAAACGCAAAAAUGGGGAAAACGCAAAAAUGGGGAAAACGCAAAUAUGGGGAAAACGCAUAUAUGGGAAAAACGCAAAUAUGGGAAAAAUGCAAAUAUGGAAGAAGAUAA